GUGUCGCGGGGCUUCGUCCCGGUGGGCUUCCUGUCGUCCAUCCGCCUCGACGAGGGCCAGCCGCUCUUCCUCGAGACCCGCGCCGGGAGGAACACGGCAAGCAGGCGGGCCCCUGCUUCAUGGUCUCCUGGAAGGCGGAGCGGGAGGUGCUCCGGGGCGCUAGCGAGGAUGGCUGGAUGUCGAACCUGGACGACCUGUGGACUGGGGUGCUGACCCACUUCGAGCGGAAGGGCCUGCUCUCCGAGGAGACGCUGGAGUACCUGGACGCCGACCCGUUCGUGCUCUUCGGCAUCGACGACGCCAUCACGCAGCAGGCGCUGGCGAAGCUGCAGAAGUUCCCGGCCCUCUGGUGCAGAGGCGUCGCGCCCGAGUUCGAGGAGUGGGCCCAGUACCUCCGCGUGGACCCGGCGCGCGAGGGCGACUUGAGGUGGCUGGUGCAGGCGUUCGCUGAGACCGACUUGCCGAAGCCGUGGACCUGCUACAAGGGCGUUGGGAGCAUUGUGUGCUACAUCCACUCCGACUCCGGGCAGGUGACGUGGAAGCACCCGUUCUACGACUACUUCCGGCAACUCAGGGACUUUUGCCGGCAGGCGACCCCCUGCGAGGUUCAGCAGGUGCGCUGCAACAGGCUGCUCUGGAGCUACGAGGCCACCCGCGUGGAGACAGAGCACGACCAGGAGCGAUUUUUCCGCCGCCGAGUAUCGGCCGCCUUGCAGACAUCUUCGGCCACGACAUCCACACCUCGGGCUACCUGGUGCGGAACCUGA